AUGGCUAGUCCUAUCUCGUAUGUCGCGGCCAUUUGUCGGCCAGCAGACGCAGAUGCUUCCGAGGCGGAGACUGCUAUCUUCGGGCCGAAAUCACUUCCUGGAAGCAAGCCUCUAAUAGCGGUGCAAGCGCAGCUUAAAACGCGUACAGUGGACGAGGACAGGAGGGAUGGGGGAGGAGGUCAGAGGAGCAUCAGGAAAGUGAAAGGGGGAGAAGAUGGAGGUGGGGAUGAGAGGGUUGAGAGGGUAGUAGCGGGCAAUGCAGCGGGGAAGAGUGAGGGAGGCGGGAGGAAGAGCUACAGCACGGGAGGCUGCAAGGAGGAGGAGGAGGCAGUGGCAGUGAUUGCUGGAGUGCUGAGAGAGAAAUUCGGGCCUCAGAUCGUGAGCGAGGAGGUGGAGGAGUGGGGGAGCGCUGAGAAAGUGAAAGAGGAGGAGGAGGAGGAGGAGGGGUGGGAGGGGGACGAUGAGGAGGCGGAAAAAGAGAAGUAUGAGGAGGAUGCAGAAGCAGGGACGUGUGAGGAAGACACACCACCUGACACAUCUCCUCCCACACACCCUCCUCUGUUGUACAACCGGCGGGUCGUAUCUCCCUCCUCCCUCCUCUCCCUCUACCGCUUCUUCUCCUCCCACCUCGGCAUCUCCUCCCCUUCGGCUGUCGCUUCCCUCCUCGCCUCCCACCCCCAACUGCUCCGGUCCAAUCCCACCAAUGACUUUCUGCCACGUGUCCGUCUCCUCCAGUCAUAUGGCAUAGGUCAUGCUGACAUCGUCCACGUCACAGUGAGGGAUGCAGCCUGGCUCCGGACCUCCCUUGCACGGAUUCAUAACACCCUUGAUUUUCUUUUGGCUCAAGGCGUCCGCCGAAGCAGAUUGGGCUCGGUGCUCCGACGUGGACGCAGCUUACUUCGCCGGGAGGCACAUUCAACGAACCUGGACAUUCUGGUGGGAAAAGCAGGGGUUCCUGUGGACAAGCUGGGUGUGAUUAUAGAGGGAUUUCCGUCCAUCUUGACUUGGGGAAAAGAGGCGGUGAAUAUUCAGCUUGAGAGGUUAUCACGUUUUUUCAAAGUGGGAUCAGGAGGAAAGGUAGAAGCAGAUAGCACCAGCUCAUCCCUCCUGAAGCAUCAACUAGAAGAGCCGCAGUCUUUGAUUUCCCCAGACGCCCCCUCUGUGCUUUGGCGGGCCCCUGCCAUCGUUUUUCUUAGCUCAGAAAAUCUUUUAGCUAAGCUCCAGUUCUUUGUGGAGCUGGUGGGGGAGGAGGCAACCGGAAGAGUGGCGAGGAGUCACCCUUGGGUUCUGGAACUAUCGAAGGAGAACCUGCAACGCAAGGUGGCGGCAUUGGUUGAGCUGAUUGGGCGAGAGAAUGCUGUGCGGGUGGUGGGACAGUUUCCUUCGCUACUAUCUUCUAGUGAAGAUGUCAUGAAGGAGACUUUCAGCGAGCUUGUGCGAGAAGUGAAAGAAGUAUUGGAGGGCAGUGGUGAAGAGGGGAGUGGGAUACAAAGGUUGGAGGAGGGUGAGAGAGGUAAUUGCUUGGAAGGGGAGAAUGAGUCGAGAGCGUUUAACUCAGCUGGAGGUGACAAGAGAUGUAGGGCUCAUCUGUUGGUGGUGGAUUUGGUAGUAAAGUACCCUUUUCCUAUCCGCUGCAGCUGGAAAAAGAAUCUGAAGCACAAGGUGGAGUACUUAAAACGGGACAUGGGCCUCUCUAUAAAGGAGGUUCUUGCCUACCGUCAAUUUCUUGGGUUCAAUUUAGAUCGACGGAUCAGGCCGCGGCAUGUGGCACUGGUGCGAAUGGGCUAUGCGGUUGUGGCACAUGAGAUGGUUAGUCGGAUGAGUGUUGGAGAGAGGAGGGAUUUUUCGUUAGAAGCUGGGGAACAGAGAAGCAAGCUGGUCUCUGUUUCCUCGCCUUCUGAUGAAAUGGAGGGAGUGGAGGGGCUUGAAUGGGGAGCGGAAAACAGAAAGUGCGAAAGAACGGGUGACAGCAACGAGCAGCAGGGCGGAGGGGAGGAGGAUGGUGGUAGAGAAGUGCCACUUGAGGAACUUCUGGGCACUCACGAGCCAGGGGGGAGAGAUGGUACAGAGCAGCAGCUUGUGAAGUUGGAGGGGACAACAAGGGCAGUGUGUUUGCGCCAGUUUCUCCACUGCUCAGACAAGCAGUUCGAGGAGAAGUUUGGGGUCAAGCUGUAG